CCGGAAGUUGUUAUAUUCAUAGGGAUUGGUGGUUGCGCUCUUUCUAGAAUCAGUAUCUCUCUGGAAGAUUCGCCUUUUGUUAGAGCUCAGAAUGGGGAGAAGCCGGAGCCGCUCACCGGAUAGGAGGAGAGACCGCAGACGUUCCAGAUCCUCGUCUAGAGAUCGAGAAAGGAGAAGGAGAGAACGUUCCAGAUCAAGGGAGAGACGUAGGAGCCGCUCUCGUUCCCCUCACCGACGCAGAUCAAGGUCUCCCCGAAGACACAGGACAAUCUCACGCUCCCCAGGUAGGCUGAAAGAUAGACGUGAUGAGGACAAGAGAGACUCUCGGGAAGGAGUGUCUAAGGAACGAAAAAUAACUGAGGAAGAUCUGGAAGGGAAGACAGAAGAAGAAAUUGAAAUGUUAAAAAUAAUGGGCUUUAGUGCCUUUGAUACCACAAAGGGGAAGAAACUAGAGGGAUCAGUCAAUGCAUAUGCCAUAAAUGUGUCUCAGAAGAGAAAAUACAGCCGGACAAAUACGAGCUGUGACAGGGAAGUGACGUCACACUCUCAGUGGAACGGAGCACAGACACGCUUGCACGGACGGAAUCACAGGCAGCGGCGGUUUGAGGAGGGGAGCGGACGAAAGGAACCGGAGCCCUACAGGAGGCGAUAAGGGUUGAUUCCUCCCCCAGGACCGGGCACUUGUGACAAGCAAUAUAUGAACAGAAAAGGCGGAUUCAACAGACCAUUAGACUUCAUUGCGUAAAACAAAGAUGUGAGGAGAAGGAUGAUUCAACAACUUUGCUCCAAAAUAAUACGGAUGAGCUAACUCUCCCAAACAUUACUUCUUCUUCUUUUUUUUUUUUUUUGUUUUGUUGUUGUUGCUGUUUGCCAGUAUAAGUUUUUUUUUUUUUUUUUUUAGUUUUUUGUUUUCUUUUGAAGAAAACCUAUCUAGGAAAACCUUGCUGGACCUAUAACAAGUUUAUGGGGUGUAUUAGAUAUUAACCUUUGUAUCACAAUACAUCUCUUAACUAUAAAUUUUAUUAUUGGCUCUCAACUAUUGAAAUUGUAUAAUUAAACCUCCCUGCAGAGUAUUGUGUACCUGACUGUAAGACACUGCUGGGUUCUCUAAUAAGAUAUUGAAGAUUAAUAUUGCUGUAAGGUAUGUGGUUAAUGUUGUGCAGUUUCAAUAUUGUAUUUUGUGAUUAUUUUUUUUAACCUAUUUUUUGUUUUUGUUUUGUUUUUAUGACACGCAUAACUAAUAAAAACAAAAAUGCUUAA